AUGCGUUACGUGGCAGCUUACCUGUUAGCCGUAUUAGGAGGUAACGCAAAUCCUUCUAAAGGUGAUAUUGUGGCUAUCUUGGAGUCAGUUGGUCUGGAAAUUGAAGAUGAACGUAUUGAUAAAGUCAUCUCAGAACUGAACGGUAAAGAUGUCAAUGAACUUAUAUCACAGGGAAUGAAAUUGGCAUCUAUUCCAUCAGGAGGCGUGGCUAUUGCAACAACUGGAGGUGGAGCUACAGCUGGUGGUGGAGAUGAGGCCAAAGAAGAAGUCAAGGAAGAGAAGAAAAAAGAGGAAAGCGAUGAGGACAGCGACGAAGAUAUGGGAUUUGAUCUCUUCAAUGACUAA